AUGCCGACCAUCCUCACUCCGCAGGGAUGGGUCAAAGUUGCACCCCCUCCCCCUCGCAAACGACCCGUCAACCACGAUCCGACCGCCGUUCUUCGAGGGCCCCUGGCGUAUCUGGCUUGCCAGAGGAGCAAAUCGCCCAACAUCAACGUUGGCGGCGGCGGGAACGUCAAAGGCCGCGCUGCGUUCCCCUACGAUCUGAGUGCGAGCCCCGAGAAGUUGAGACGACAAGGCGAGGUAAACGCAAACAGGAGUGUUUCUGCUCCGGUCAUGCACGGCGCUCUUCACCCAGGCGACGACGAGGUGGAAGUAAUUCCUGAACCAGAGACCAGAUUGCCUCCGCCACCGCCGCCAUCAUCACCACCGAGGUCAAUAGAACAGCAGUCCAGGGCCAAAUCCAGGUCGAGUCCUAAAUCGCGAGCAUCGUCUCGAUAUCACGACGACCACGACCACGACUAUAACGACCACCGCUCCCGUCUCAGCGCCAGCACCCAUUCGCGUUCGCACUCCAGCUCGCACUCCAGUUCGACCUCUGGCUCGAGUUCAAGUUCUGGUUCGAGCUCCAGGUCCAGCGCGAGCUCAAGAUCCAGCGCGUCCAGCGCCCCGUCAAUAAAGUCUUAUCACAGACCGGCUCCUCCGUCUAUCAAAGCCAGGCCUCCUCCUGCUGCGUCCAUGCCGAUGCCCAUGGGCAUGCCUGCCGCGGACCCGAGAAUCCCCUAUUACUCGGCGGUGCCCACGUACGAUCCUUACGCGGUGCCGCCGCCGAUGCAGCACCAUCCCAUGCCAGCAGUGCCACCGACCCCGGUGUCCGUGCCAAUGGCAACAGGUGGUGCGAGAAGUCUUUCGUAUAGCUGGUACAACGCCACCACGCCGUUGAAGCUGUGA